AUGACGCCAGCCGAGUCAUUGAAUGCCCAGUUGACCGUGCCCGUCGGCAAGACAUGGGAUAACCACUACCUUGGCGGCCGCCUGACAUUGCAGGUGUUCAAGGAGGCUGAGCGGGGCGAGAAGCAGCGCGAUUCGGACUUCAACGAGCGGGCGGAGCAGGUGAGAGACGCCUCGAUCGAGGCGGGCAGCCCGCUGUUCAUGAGGCGGAUUCUUGCCUCGUUGGAACUCGACGUUCUUGAGAGCAAAACAGUGACGAAGGAGAUGUUUCGAACGAUUUUGGCCAACUUUGUUUCUCCAUUCAGUCACCGUCGUGAGUUGUUUGUUUGCUUCCUUCGAUCGUUCACAUGGUUGGAGAGUUUUCGUUGGGGGCAUGAAGUUGUGGAGAUUCCCGCUGAUAUGCGAGACGAGCUGUUCGCUGCCGCCGCCCUCCUGUCGAUGGCCGUGGCCCAUGUCAGUUUGCCAGUUGACUCGGAGGUCUCGGCCAGCGGCGCCGCCGAGGGCUCUUGCGGGUCCUGCUCCGCGAGGGCCCCCGGGAAGAUCUCCAGGGUGCUCUUUAGGGUCGGGGCUGAACGGGGGGGGCGCGUUAGGCUCGACUGGAACGAGAUAGACCAGGCGCUCUUGCCAACUAGGAUGCGCCGCCCCGGCGACGACCUAAACGAGGCCUUCGCGAGCUUCGAUUGGACGGUGCGACGGGGGGGAG